GCCCAGCCCGAACUAAUCCACGGCGGAAAUCGCCUUCCGGGAAACGUACUUUCCCCAAUUUCUCUCGCUUCCUCCCUACCGCCCAUGGACUCCCCCUCCUCCAAGCCCCACCACCGCUCCCACCGCCGCAACCGGCGGCGGCGCUGCUUCCUGAUCUCCGCCGCCGCCCUCAUCGUCGUCGCCCUCCUCCUCCUCGUCCUCGGCCUCACCGUCUUCCGGCCCCGCCACGCCAUCACCACCGUCAACUCCGUCCGCCUCGCCGGCCUCCGCGCCGGCCUCGACGUCCCCAACCUCGGCGUCGACCUCAACGUCACUCUCGACCUCAACCUUACGGCCAGCAACCCCAACCACGCCAGCUUCCGGUACGGCGACGGCACCGCCGACCUCUAUUACCGCGGCACCCUCGUCGGCGAGGCCACCAUCCCGCCGGGGGAGGUCUCCGCCGGUGGCUCGGUCCAGACUGACGUCCUUGUCACCGUGAUGGCCGGCCGCCUUAUCGGCAACAAGGCCGUGUACGCCGACGUGAUCUCAGGUUCGGUGCCGUUCACGACGACGACGGAGAUUCCGGGGAGGGUGACGGUCCUCGGGGUGUUCAAGCAUCACAUGGAGACCUAUACUACGUGCGAUAUUGUGGUGAAUGUUCGGAAUCGGACCGUGGAGAACUCGGAUUGCAAGUAUAAGACAAAGCUCUGAGCUUGGCAAUGGGAUUGUUUGCAAGUUAGUAGAGAUUUUACAUCCAAGAUUAUUACUUUUUAUUGUUUAAUACUAGUCUAGACAUUGGAUUGUGCUCUUGAAUGAAUUGUUAUCAGUUGUAAUUGAGCAAAGGCUAUAUUUUUUUCAGCUACGAGUAACAUACUAAAGUCUAAACCUAAUACGAUUGCAUUGUUGAGUUGCUUGCUAUGUUCUGCAAUCGAGCCAAGUUAAAUUCCUAUA